AGGUAGUUUUAGAAUUAAGGAGAUCAUAGAUGGUGCCACCAUCGAAUAACAACUGUGAUGGCGUCCAGCCAAACCCAUUAGUGUUAUUGGUUGUCAAGCAACAACCAAAAGUCAACAGUUUUUGUUUUGAUAACAGCUGAGAUUGUAAUAAUUUAAGAAAGUUUAUUACUUGGAACGAAUUGAUGAUGGAUAGGCUCCCAGUGGAAAUCCUGGAGAAAAUCAUAGGUUACAGCGACAUAGAUCUGAGAGAUGUCAUUAGCCUUAGCUACACUUGCAAAUAUUUCAAUAAUAUUAUACAAAACAGCAAUCAAGUUUGGAAAGGAAUUUACCACAAACAAUUAUCUCAUGAUCGCGUUAAAAAAGAAGCUAAGCAACAGAUCAAUUUCAAGCAACUGGUCAAGACUCUGUUCGAGCUUCGAUCAGAGGUUGGCCGUGCUUUAGAUAUUCUCACGAUGAUCAACUAUAGAUCUCAUUGUCUGGAAGAAUGCGUGCGAAAUUUUUGGGAACACUUCGACGCUUCUUACGAAUACGAGGAUGUCCUACAUUACCUUCGGGCCAUAUACCACAGGAAAAGACUAAACAUAUGGAUGGAUCCAAUAUCAAAAAAAGAAUAUGGAAACCGUACUGAGAAUUUCACCUUGGAAUAUUAUGUGAGCGACCUUCUCAUGUACAAAAAUCAACAAGUCGCUAUUGAUGAAUUGGAUAAGUUUCUGCAAUUACCAGAAGAGGAGCAACUGUUGGAAGUAGCAGCUAGUUUGGUUGCGAAAUGGUGUCAACCGGAAUUGAAAAUCGCGCAUGAAGAUAUCUCCGCUAAAUUGGAUGCGAUGGCUAAGGAAUGUACAACCAUGCUCCGUUACCACCAUCCGAAUCAUCCGUACUUUGAGGUGGACGAAGACACUUUAAAAAAGUGGAGGAAUCAGAAAUUGGAACAACAAAACUAUAGAUUAGAUCAAAGGAUGCAAUUAAUUAAUAUAAUUAACAAAGUUCUCUUCGAUAAAUACAAAUUGUUAGGAGACACUUUUGAUUAUUACAGCAUGAGCAAUUCGUUUAUAAAUUGCGUAUUGGAAAGGAAAUCCGGUUUACCUAUAAUCUUAUCGAUAGUCUAUGAAGGUGUUGCACGCAGAAUGGGCUUGAAUUGCGAACCGUUGAAUACGCCUGUGCAUUUCCUACUGAAGUUGCAAGGCGAGAAGACGGCACAUUCAAUAUUGUUUAUCGACGCAUUCAAUGCACACACGUUUACUCGUUUGAAUGAGGAAGGAAAACUGUAUUCAGCGGAGAAAAUACCAACAGCCACUACAAAACAAGUGUUGGAACGUAUGGUAGCAAAUGUGGAUAAGGCUUGGGAACGAAGCGGACUAUUACAUCCGACAAUUGAAGCGAACGAUGAUAGUUUUCCAAUGUUAAAGAUCCUUAACAGAAUUAGGAUAAUGGGAACAGAGUAUUUCACUGAUCGUCUCCAUCGCGAUCCAAUUUACGACUAUCAUCGCAUCACGAGUCAAGGCGUGCUUUUUAAGGAAUCGCUAAAAAAUGAACAAUUUAACUAUAGACAAUUGAUACAUAUAGUGCCUCGAUGUCGACCGACGGGAAUGUUGUACGCUGUAGGAGUAAUUGUGAUCCACAAGGUGAGCGAUGAAGUGCGGUUUUAUGGAGUUAUUAUAGACUGGUCCCCUGUGUGGGAGGAACGCAUGGAUCCUUUGAACGAGUACAGAAACUACAAAGCGAAUUUUAAGAGCCAACCGUUCUACAAAGUUCUUUCUGAAAACAGGGUCAUAAGGUACUUGCCUCAAGAAUAUUUGUCGUUGGUGGUGCAUCAUUAUCCGCAACGAUUUUUCCACGAAAACCUCGAUUUGGGAAAGCACUUCUCCAGAUUUGAAGAUGGAGUGUUUAUCCCAAACACAGCCAAGUCCAAGGAGUACUGUGAAGAUGAUAUUUACAGACUUGUUAUUAGCAAGGACGUGUUGCGUAGGAUGAUCAGACAAGCUCUCAGGCAGGAUGAUCGUUUGACGGUGGGAUACCGUUGCCAGUGUUUCAAAAGAAACGGGCUUAUGUGCAGAAUGCCGUACAUGAGUCCCAUAUUCAAUAUUUUCUGCACAUGCGAUGAGCCUGGAAUGUGUUAGAUUACAUCAACACUAGAUACUAGUAUCUAAUUAAAUUAUAUACUACUUCUCAAACGAUAUAAAAGUUCGAUAAAUGUACUUUCUGUCUUGCCUUUAAUAUAAUAAUCCAUAGUAACACUUUACUCUCAACUGGUUAUAAUAGCUGAAGCAUCUUGUCUAUCGACCAAAAUAAUUCCAUCGAGUUAUUUAUCAUAAAUUAGUAUUGUCGUCUGUAUAAGCGAAAUGUACCGAAUUAUAUAAUAUAUAUAUAUAAAACAACACGUAAGAGGAAUUUAAUAAACUCUUGAUAAGCAGCUUUGAACUUAAGAUUGUGCAUUUAAUUUUC